CACUCAUUGGCAGUCAUAAGACUUGCACGGCGCGAUGGUAUUCCAACAAGCUUGUGUUCGUUCCAUCCACGUUCAUCAUGCCUCCUGACCCACGCGAUAUCUUCAGCCCCGAUCCCAUUGACUUAUUCCACGUACCAGACAGCGCGCCACAAACACCUCGAUCUGCAAAUCCUGUCUCAGAAGAGGAUUCCAGCCCAGUGGUUCGACCUCCAGGGCGACGACGUCGAGUCCCUCGCAAUCCUGUCGACAGCGACGUUUCGGAGCAAGAGGAAGGCGGUAGGCAACUCGGUUUGCGGCUUGCACCAAGGGUUGGUUCUGUUGAGGACGAGGACGAGGACGAGGAGGACGAGGUCGAUGAGGACGCGUACAACGAGGAUGAGUACGAAGAGGACAACGACGACGACGACGACGACGACGAUGACGACGACGACGACGACGACGAUGACGACGACGACGACGACGACGAGGACCUUCCCCAGUUUCGUGGGUCGACGCACAACAACACGGAAAGCCCUUCUACCGAUGCACUAUCCACCCCUCCCUCCUUCCAUGAACUGGCGCUAGAAGUACAAUCGUCGCCCGACAACCCCGUCCCUCCUGUCUCCGCGCAGCAUUCACCUUCGCCAGCCGCUGUGCCUCAGCUACCUUGCACACCACCAGCUAUGUCACAUUCGCCAGGCGAGAGUACUAUUCUCGUACCAAUCCGCAAUCACGAGUUUCCUUCGCUGUUGAGGGCUGCAGAACGCAAGUUGGGUUCGCAAAUCGCGUCUGCUCUCACCAAUCCUCUCGAUGAAGCACUCAAUUCAGCGACGUUCCAAACACUGCUCGAAACCUUCCUUUUUCCGCGCCUUCGCAGCCGAGAUUCUGAGAAUGGAGGAUUCAAACUUGAUCAAUACUCUCAGCUUCAGGCUGUGGCUUGGCACUGGGAAAAGGAUGACAAGAGAAAGCGCAAACGUUCCUCUUCGCGCCAACGGGGUCGCGCGGAUUUGGAUGCGGACGUCAGCAAGUACAUCGAAGCUAUCAAGGAUCGACGCGUACCAGAUAUGACGACUGUCGUGAUGUUUGAAGAAGAGGUCCCAGUGCCAGGUGGCCAUGCGUACCAGGUGGUUACGCAUAGGGGCCCCAAGCUGUGCAUCACCGAGAUCAAGUCGUUCGCUUGGUCGGCCUCCUCGGGAGAUCGGGAGAUGACUCUCAGUGGGGUGCUGACGAAGGCCCAUCAACAGAACUUCAUCGCCGGUCAGUACCUGUUCAGAGAGGACGAGUCUCUGGAACAUAUCGCCAGCUUCGUAGGCGCAGGCCCUGCCUGGUCUUACAGCGAGUUUCAUAGGAAUCAAUAUCCGCUCCUCGAUUCACCACCGCUUCCCAACACCCAUGCAGAAUAUCUCAGGUGGGAGGAGCGUGUGGCGGAGGAGACUCCGGAGAAACCAAAGAAGAAGAAGCGGAAGACUAGACGGUCUUCCGCACAUGCGCGAUUGGCGAGUUCGAGGGCGCGUAAACCGGAUUUGGUUUCAUCAGCUGAAGAAGGCACGCACGCUUCAGGUAGCGGAGUGCCCCCCAAUAGGUUCCUCGAGGAAGCGCCACAGAUGCCUCCCAAGGAUAGUCCAGCGCUCCAGGCGAUUUUCCGAUCAGCUGGGCAUUAUUCCAGACAGAGAUCAGCCUUCCUAUACGUCCUUGAUCGCGAUGGACGGACGUAUGAAGCGUUCGACGUCAUAGUCAAGCGCAUUAGGAAGUGGUACACCCAUUCAAACGCCCACUAUAAGUUGGACUUCGACAAAGACCCCUAUGAAGAGGGCUCUUGCCCAGCGAGCAGGGGAAGGGCUCUCACCGAUGAGCUCUGAUGGCAGUUGGCUUUGGUAUCUCGCGCGUCGGAGACUGCAUGUUGUUGAGGAGAAAAACAGGUGCCCGUGUUGUAUGUACAACAGUGUCCCUAGCAUGGAAAGGUGAAAGGAUGUCAAUCUGUAUCUUGUACUCGGAGGAGACCAAUGAACUGAUACUUCAAUUG